CACUUUUAACAUUGUUUUUUUUUCACAAAAUAUCAUUUUUUGAAGAAAAAAAUAUUAUCCAGUUUUGUAGUACCUAAUUUAUUAAUUAUUGUUUCAUCAAUGGCUGAAAAACAACCUAAUGAUAAUAAGGUAUUAAAAGCUUAACAAUUUCUAUCAAUAUUCUCUCAAAAUAUUUGUUCCUUUCCAAUCCCAAUUUGCAUGUCCAUAGAACCCCUUAUUCAACUGAAAUUAUCCCUUUAUAGAGCCUAAUGAUCUAUGGCAGAGACGUAUCAAAGAUCCCAUGCUUCCGAAACAGUUUUCUAUAUGGUACUCUGAGUGGUUUAGGUAUCGGUUUAGCCCAUUUCAUGUUCACAAGCAGAGUGGGCAAGUCUGUUAAUUAUUCAGUGUAUUCUUUUUCGAUGUUUUCUGUUUCUUAUUGGAUCUAUUGCAGAUAUAAUUUUUCCAAAACAAAAUUUGAAAUGCUAAGAAUGCAAGAAACUUUGACGGAAAAAGCACUGAAAGAAGGGACAGCAGAUGAUCCCUCCAGGCAAACAGAAGUAGAAGAAGUUGAAGCUUGAGACGUGAUCAGAAGUAUUGAUUUUGUUUAUUUGAUAAAAAAUACUAAGUAAUUAAUUAAACUUAAUUUUUCUGAGA